AAUGCAACCAUUAACUCAAAUCCUGAUCAGCACCUGCUGCAGACGCAUACUUCAACAUGCUGUAUUUCCUGAGACUGGGUGUUCUUUUCUUUGUGGUGGUCUCCAGUAGCGCCCAGUGCUACUUUGAGAGAUUUCAAGUAGGAGUUUUACCCCUCCAAGACAAGAUGAACCGACCAGAAGGUUGUGUUGAUUCUGAAGGAUCGACUCAUGUCUUUGGCUCUGAGUGGGUCACAGCUGAUUGUUUCAACUGUGUCUGCUCAGGGUUUGGCAUUAGCUGUUGUAACAAGAUCCCAACAGCGAUUGAACUCCCUGCCGAAUGCAAAUUGGUUGUUGACAAAACCACCUGCUCAUACACCAUUGCGAUGGCUUCAGACCCCAUCAAACCAUGCAUUGCCAAAUAACACAAUUAAACAGCUGUAAAAUAAGACCCUGACUGGCUAAAAUAUAUCUUGUUUUACAAUUAUAUCAAGGUGUUAUAUUAAAAUGAUUCAGUAAUUAAAAUAUAUAUAAUCCUAGACGAAACAAUCUUUGCUACUGCUUUUGAAUAUUCUGAUCACAUCACUGUGGAAGAUUCUCUGG